ACCGCCUGUAGACUACACGCCCCGUGAAUACACCGCCGAUGCACUACGAGUGACGUUGAAAUUGAAAUAACGACAUCGAUAUCGCCCGAGAAGAGUGUUGCUACCAGGAUGAUCCCUGUGCUAUGAAGAAACAUAGCCAUGAGUAACUCCGCUAGCGUAGAUCCCCUAGACGCCCACAUCGCAGUAGAUGAUGAACACCCAUUGCUAAGGAUAAAAGAUGACAACAAGCGUGGUAGUGUAUUUGUCCGUGUUAUUAUUAUGUGUGGAGUCGCUCAGUUAAUCAUCGGUACUUCCCUUCUUAUUGUUGGUAUCCUCAUCGCAUCAAAAUCGCUAUACAGCAAGUUCUACAACGUGGGUACGCCUAUUGCAUGCGGGAUCGUGUUUGAAGUGACAGGCAUCAGUGGAUGGCUUGCCUCUUACAAGAAAUCUAAAUCAACGAUUAGAACGUGCAUGGUGCUGUCUUUCAUCUCAAUACUGUUGAGCUACGUGUUAUGUGUUAUAUCGUUUAUCGCAUUAUCCCGCAAUGACCCCAAGGAAAGCACCAUAAAUGGAUUCGUAGUCACGGCCUGCGUAUUGGAAUUUAUAAUAUCGAUAAUAUCAUACGUAUUCUGUCGACGAGCGAUGUCAUAAUCGACGAAGUGGAGAUCGCUUACAAAAUGCGUACACAUAUCACCAGAUGAUUUGUGGCUUCCCCUGCGCCCACGGUCAUAUAUUCUUUCAGUUUAUAUAAUAGAAUGGUAUUAUAUAAUUGUUUCCGCGUAUUACCGCUAUUUUGUAUUUACAUCC